UUAUCUUCCGUCUAGAAGAAAUUAUCGCUUCUCUGGACGUAGCUCUCUAACCAUGGCUGAAUUUCAAUUCACGUUUUACAACGUUUCGUGGGAAAUAGUACACAUGCAAAGGUCCUUACAAUUUUCUACAGUUUCUUAAUGGACUAUAUUAACCAGAACCAGACAACUAGUCAUCUGAGAGAAAUCAAAACCGAACCUAACGUUCGCGCUUUACUUCAGCAAGUCUGCGAUCUGGUGCAGCGAGAAGAAUUGAACGCGUCAUUAAUUGUAUUGGAACUACUAGGAAAUACUGGACCGUCUACUUCACAUUCCACAUGUUCACCCAACACUGAAUCUACUGGAGCUGACUCUUUGCCGACGAAUGGCGACUUAAGUAUGGUUGGCCCGCUGUGUCGCGAGCCUAUAGCAAGCAAAAGUCCCCUUGCUCGCCAAGUGUUUUUACUUUUGGAAAACCAAAAUAAUUCAGACCUAGAAUUUGUACUUCCAACUGAUGCUGCUGCGAGCCAAAUUAGCCAUUUGGUCAAAGCACACCAUGUAAUAUUAGCUGCAAGAUGUCGUUGGUUUCAUCGAGUUCUUUUGUCUUGAAUGCGAGAAGCAAUUGACAGGUAUACAACAACAAAAUAUGCUUUCGACAUCGCUGUCGUGUUUAAACUGCUCUUUUCUGACAAGGAAAAUCACAUUUCCCGACUGUUCUGCCCAGCUGCUAUCAGUGUUUCUUCGUUUCCUUUAUGGUGACCAUAUUGAUUAAACUACUCUCAGUAAUGAGCAACUACUAGAGUUGUUAAUCAUGGCUGACCUGUUUGAGGUUGAACAACUUAGUUCCGGCUUGAAGAUAUCCUCGGAGGUGAAGUUUCUAGGCCUGAGCUUUUGCGGUUAGCCCUGGCGGCUGACUGUGACAUUAAUAGAGCCGUCAACUAUUACCUUGCGCAGCCGGAUCCUAGUAACGUUAGUGCCAAAGGUCCCAGUAAAUAAAUAUUCAAACUUUCCCCACUCGUGAUGCAUACAUUUUAAAUUUCCGCCUAUCGUUCUGUUUCAACAGCUGCUCGAAGCUUUCAUCAACCAUUGUAUUGGUUUUCUUGCGUGGUUUCCCUCACUUGCUAUCGCCUAUUCACAUCCCAUUAAAAAUAUUGUUUAAUAAUGUUGUGAUUGUUUACGGUUUUUUUUCUUUAACCUUGUAUUUUAUUCUGGUAUUUUAUUGAUGGACGACGUUUUGUAUUCUAUAAUUAUUUCUGUGAACCGUCUCGUUAUUUAUGACGUCGAUUGUGCAAUCAUCUCUAAAUUCAUCCUUAACGAAACAUCACUUAGUAUUCAUCAAAAAUACAAAAUUUGAAUUGCCUCCUUUGGUUAUUAUUAUCUUCAGACCAAUUAUUACCGACAGAAAAUUUAGAGUGAAAAUUU